AUGAAUUUGCAAGCCGAAAACUAUCUCAAUAUUUUGAUAGCCGACUGGAUAAAUCUCAAAACGAAUGUCUCCCUGUUACAUCCAGGCGAAUUUAGCGAGAUUCACAGAAAACUCAAUCUACCACUUAUUCAUAAACCAGUGACAUUAUCAAGUGUUUAUGGCACAUACAAUGGCGGACCGACAAAAUCGGAAGUCGGGCAAUUAGAUAAUAAUCUCGACGGUAAUUCGCAGACCUUCGAGUCCUUUGGAGACAAUUGUGCGCUUGACACCAAAUGGAGUACCUUCAAAUUUUCCAUUUUCGCGGACCAAGACGUAGAUGAAGUCAUCUUUCAAUUUUCGAAAGACUCGGUCAGUCAUGUCAACUUCUAUAUCAUGUUUGACGCGACUGCCGCGAAAGAAAGCGAAUCAGAAAUUUAUUCACAAAACUUCACAGCUCUUGACAUCCCAGAUUCGCGUCAUUCGUACACUUUAUUCAAUAUCAAAGGAGCACUUCAAGAAACAGUUGAAAAACAGCUCCAAACCAACAGCUCAUUUAAAGUUCCAAAUGAUGCAAAACCUCUGCAAAAUUUCAUCAUUGAUCUUCACUUCGACGAUAUUACAAAUGAAAGAUGGCAAUUCGGCCAGCAGGCCCGAAAUGUUGCGUCGGAGUGCCUCAACUUUAAACUGUUCCAGGUGGUUGCGUUCAAAAACAUAACCAUCGAAGAAGCAGAAAUCGAACUUCGUGAAAGUCUUUUCUCGACGGAUGAUUCAGGUGGAUUCCCUUCCACGAACUCUCGCCGGAAAGCCUUUCGGUCAAAUUUUCGCGUAAACGGUCUCCAUCGGUUACAGCACUCCGAUAAAAUUCGACAUCAGGAAAAGAUUAGUAAAGUAAUUGAUUCCACUCGAGCCCCAAGAAUCGAGGUGGAAACCACAACUUACGUUACUGCUCUUGGCGAUAAUCUGGAAGCGACUACUGCUCUUGGAGACAAUCUGGAAGCGACUUCUGCUCUUGGAGACAAUCUGGAAGCAACCACAGCUCUCGGUGAUAAUUUGGAAGUAACUCCAUUUCCUGACAAAUAUGAAUACUAUAGCACUUACUCGGAUGAGUCAUCAGACUACUCCGACGAGAGCUACACGUCAAGCGAUUAUACGGAAUACUCGACAGAUGACUCGACAACUUGUCAAGGAAAACACUGUCGAAAAAGACGCCAAGCAGUUGCUCUUGCAAUUGGCCUAGCAACAGCUGUUAUUGGCGGUAUAACCAGCGAAGUCGAAAUGCUGCACCAUAGGAAGCAGACUGAGAACAAAAUCGCUCAUGACGAGCUUCUUAUGGCCAAGUUGAGCGAUCGCAAAAACGCUGAGCUACAAAAAUCCAGGUUCAAAUCAAACGUGAACAUGCAGAUGUGA